UUAACUUCCCUCCGGGCUCCCUCUUCAUCUCUCCCCUUCUUUCCCUCUGUUCGCGCACCUGUCUGUGUCCCCUCGCGCGCCCGCACCUCGCGUCCCCGCUUGCUCCCCUUCCGCGACUCCUUGGCGGCCGCAGCGCAUGGAGAGCUCUGCCAAGAUGGAGAGCGGCGGCGCCGGCCAGCAGCCCCAGCCGCAGCCCCCGCAGCCCUUCCUGCCGCCCGCAGCCUGCUUCUUUGCCACGGCCGCGGCGGCGGCGGCGCAGAGCGCGCAGCAGCAGCAGCAGCAGGCGCCGCAGCUGAGCCCGGCGGCCGACGGCCAGCCCUCAGGGGGCGGUCACAAGUCAGCGUCCAAGCAAGUCAAGCGACAGCGCUCGUCCUCGCCCGAACUGAUGCGCUGCAAACGCCGGCUCAACUUCAGCGGCUUCGGCUACAGCCUGCCGCAGCAGCAGCCGGCCGCCGUGGCGCGCCGCAACGAGCGCGAGCGCAACCGCGUCAAACUGGUCAACCUGGGCUUCGCCACGCUUCGGGAGCACGUCCCCAACGGCGCGGCCAACAAGAAGAUGAGCAAGGUGGAGACGCUGCGCUCGGCGGUCGAGUACAUCCGCGCGCUGCAGCAGCUGCUGGACGAGCACGACGCGGUGAGCGCCGCCUUCCAGGCUGGCGUCCUGUCGCCCACCAUCUCCCCCAACUACUCCAACGACAUGAACUCCAUGGCCGGCUCGCCGGUCUCCUCCUACUCGUCCGACGAGGGCUCUUACGACCCGCUCAGCCCCGAGGAGCAGGAGCUGCUGGACUUCACCAACUGGUUCUGAGGGGGCUGGCCUUGACGAGGCCCUGGUGCGAAUGGACUUUGGAAGCAGUUAUAGGGUCACCGCACAACCUACAUCAUUAGUGCUUUCUUGUCAGCGAUGUUGGAAGGGAGAAAGAAGAAGAAGAGCAGAAGGAAAGAAAAAGCAAAAUAAAAUCAGGCAACCAACCGCAAGACCAACUAAGCAAUGCAUGCCUGAGAAGCAAGGCUCUCUUGAAACAGGGAUGCGCUCAGAACUGUAUCUUUGCACUUCAGUUAUUUGCGGAGAUAUGAAGGGUGACUAGGACCUGAGUCAAAGUGCAGAAUGCAGCUUCUGUGCAAAAGCAGUGGGCUUUGGCGGAAGGGGGAAACUCCCGCCCACCGUAAGAGGCAGAACUGAAAGCACUUGCUAGGGUACCCUCACCUCCCCCGCCCUCUCUGAAAGCGCAGUUCUAAGCCCUGUAGAAAUGGGUUGGUGUCUUUCUUCUCACUAUCCCCCAUCCCAAUAAGCUGUGGACAUUUGUCUGCAGUGAAAUUAGGCUAUACUCAGUCCUUUGAAACCCAGAUCCUCCCCGAGGCGGGGGGCUCCCCCAAACCCAUUUCCUCAUACCAUCUUUUCUACCAUUUUCGUCAUAGAAUGCUUCCGAUCUUUUGUGAAUUUUUUUAUUAUAAGAAAAAAUCUAUUUGUAUCUAUCCUAACCAGUUUGGGGAUAUAUUAAGAUAUUUUUGUACAUAAGAGAGAAAGAGAGAAAAAUUUAUAGAGUUUUGUACAAAUGGUUUAAAAUGUGUAUAUCUUGAUACUUUAACAUGUACUAUUACCUCUGCCUAUUUUAGAUGUGUAGUUCACCUUACAACUGCCAUUUUCCCUAUGUGGUUUUGUAAAGAACUCUCCUCAUAGGUGAGAUCAAGAGGCCACCAGAUGUAUUUCAGCACCAAUGUGUCUUACUUUAUAGAAACUUUGUUAAUGUAUUAAUGAUGUUAUUAAAUACUGUUCAAGAAGAACAAAGUUUAUGCAGCUACUGUCCAAACGUAAAGUGGCAGCCAGUUGGUUUUGAUAGGUUGCCUAUUGGGAAAUUUCUAUCACUGCCUUUUUUUUUCUUACUGUUUUAUUACAAACUUACAAGAAACGUGUAUAACCCUGUUUUAUACAAACUAGUUUCGUAAUAAAACUUUUUUCUUUUUCUACAAAUGAAAAUAA